UGGCGACGAGCCCACAGGUCCGUGGCGGUUUUUGUCGUCCUCCGUUUGUCUAUUCGGUAUGAUACGGUGGAUAGUUUACCGCUUGGAAAGCAUCCUGGAUACUCUCCUGGGAACGAACGGGAACCAACAAACAGAAGCAACACCGACAGUUUCAACCAUCUGCUCUAGCUACAGCCAGAGAUCAUGGAUUAUGUGUGACUCACUAGGAUAAACUGAGCUGCCCCUGGGCCUGGUUAGCAUUUGACUUCCUCCGAUGAGGAGUGAGUCAGUCACUGUCCCCAACCGCACCUUGUUCUGCUGCCUGGAGUAGACCUACAGUCCGGGGACAUGGCCAAUCCACACCUGGCUAACCUGGCCUUUGCCUGGGAGAAGUACAUGGACUGUCGAGUACAAGGAGCAGAGCUACAGGUCAGUCUUCAGUGCCUGGAGAGUUUCCUGUGUCUGUUCCACUGUGUCCGCCACCUCCACAACAGCCAUGGCAACAAGGAUGCUCUGAAGUUCUGUUCUGAUAUGAGUGGGGCCAGUAACACUCUGGCGAGGGAGUUCCUCACCGACGUUCACCAGCUUUGCAGCGCCGUGGCUCAGAGGGCGGAGUCACGGGGAGAGGAGGACGAGGAGAGUCACAUGGUUGCCCUGGGCGAAUACCUGGUCAGGGGCAGGGGCUUCUUGCUGCUCAGCGCCCUGGACUCCGUCAUCGACCAGGAGCUGACCUGUCGAGAGGAGCUGCUAACCCUGCUGCUGUCUCUACUGCCACUGGUCUGGAAGAUACCUGUUCAGGAGGAGAAGGCCCCAGAUUUCACCCUGCUGUCUCUGCUGGAAGUGUUCUUGAGCCGGGAGGUGAAUGCCGCCCCCCAGAGGGCGGGGAAAGAGCAGAAGACCGGUGCGUUGCACUCUGAGAAGCAGUCCCGCGGAGGCAGCAGCAGCUCCACCUGGAAGGUCCUGCGUCGCUCUCGCCGCACCGCUCAGCGCUACUCCGUAAGGGAUGCGCGUCGCUCCCAGCUCUCCACCUCUGACUCAGACGCCAACUCUGACAACAAGGCCGUCGCCGGUGGCACCGGUGGAGUGCGUAGUCGACGUUCUCGCGGUUCUACGAUCCGUGUGAGCUGCCAGCAUCACCGUUCGGAGGCUCCCUUGUUACCCUCGCCUCCUGUCCCCCCUCCCGAGAAGACCAUGGCAUCGCCUUUCCCGCUCUACCCCCAACCUCGGUCGCUGGGGGGGUCCCAGGCCACCCUGGACACAGAGACCCUGACUGACCCAGCUGCCAUGUCCAUAUUCAACAGGAUGGAGAACUCACCCUUCGACCUCUGUCAUGUUCUGCUCUCGCUCCUGGAAAAGGUGUGUAAAUUUGACAUGAGCAUCAACCACAACCCAGGUCUGGCUGUCAGUGUGGUGCCGACCCUCACUGAGAUCCUUACCGAGUUUGGAGACUGUUGUGGUUCGGGGGGGGGUGAGGGGGUGGAGGAGCUGGCUGGAGGCUGGACAGAGGAACCCAUCGCCCUGGUCCAGAGGAUGCUGCUAAGGACCAUCCUCCACCUGAUGUCAGUCGACGUGGGUCAGAGUGAGGCUCUACCAGACAGCCUGCGACGCAGCCUGACCGAUCUGCUCAGAGCCACGCUGAAGAUCAGGUCCUGCCUGGAGAGACAGGUUGACCCAUUCGCUCCCAGAACCAAGAAGACCCUGCAGGAGGUGCAGGAGGACUUCUCUUUCUCCCGCUGGAGGCAUCGCUCCCUGCUGUUACCUGAGCUGCUGGAGGGGGUACUGCAGGUGCUGUUGGGGUGUCUCCAUGCCUCGGCCCCCAAUCCCUUCUUCUUCAGUCAAGCUCUAGAGCUGCUUCAUGAGUUCAUCCAGCAUCGCGGCCUGGAGCUGUUUGAGGUCACCGUUCUGAGGCUAGAAGGGCUGGGCCGCGCCCGGGACUCUGAGGCAGCAGAUCGUCUGAAAGGACUGAUCUCCGGGGUCCUAAAGAUCAUCAGCUCCGUGAAGACCGCUAAGUCAGAGCAACUGCACCAGUCCGUCUGCGCACGCCGUCGCCACCGCCGCUGUGAAUACUCUCACUUCCUGCAUCAUCACCGCGACCUCUCCGGACUCCCCGUCUCUGCUUUCAAACAGGCCGCCCGCCGUAACCCCUUCGAAGAGACCGAGGGGAAGGAGGGGUUGGAUGACGUGGUGCGUUACCCAGAGAGGUGCUGUUGCCUGGCAGCCUGUGCCCACCAGUGUCUACGUCUGCUCCAGCGCCUGUCCUCCAGUGGACCAGCUGUGCUCCAGGUCCUAGCUGGGGUCCAGGCUGUGGGGAUCUGCUGCUGUAUGGACCCUCGGUCUGUCGUCGGCCCUCUCCUCCACGCCUUCCAGGCCCCAGGGCUCCGCUCUUACCAGUCCCACAUCCUCUCUGUCCUCUCCCGGCUGAUCCUGGAUCAGUUAGGUGGUGGCCAGCCCUCUGAGAAAGCUAAGCUAGCCUCCUGUAACAUCUGUACUCUGGACAGCAGUCAGCUGCCGGGCCUGGAGGAGACGCUCCAGCAGGGGGAGGUCGGAGUGUCGUCCGCCACUUUGAGCUACCGUUCCCAUGGUAUCCUCCCCAGCGGAGGGGGAGCAGAGGAUAUGCUGUGGAAGUGGGAGGCCCUGGAGGCGUACCAGGGGCUGGUGUUCGGGGAGGACCAGGCACUCAGCCAACAGGUCGCGGGACACAUGUGUCACCUGAUGUUGAGAGGGAACGCUGUGGUCCAAUGGCAGCUCUACACGCACAUCUUCAACCCUGUACUGCAGAGGGGGGUGGAGCUAGUGCAUCACGCCCAACAACUGGGUGUGUCUACAGCGUGUAGCCAGGUGUGCUCCUACCACAUCCAGUGUCUACCUGUAGAGGUGCUACUGGUCUACCUGCAGACACUACCAACCCUGCUCAAGUCCAGGGUGAUCAGGAACCUUUUCCUGUCCUGUAACGGUCUGAACCAGGUGACUGAGCUCAUCUACCUGGACCAGACCCGGGCCUGGGCCCUCAAGGUGUUUGAGAUGUUAAUACUUGGAGUUGGAGUUGGAGUGGAGCACCAGGACCCAGACCCGGAGCAUGCCGAGGCCCAGGAGAGAGAGGCCACGCUCGGCCUGGCUGAGGAGCUGGGGUCCCGUGGGGCCGGAAGUACCGCAGGUCCCAUAGGAGAGGCGGGCCCACAGAGCCUGUCUAAGUUCUACGAGUGUCUAAAAGAGGCACACCCAAGGAGUCGGAUUGGUCAAGGGGCAGGAAGGGGGAGGGGCCGGGGAGAGACCCAUCUGAACACCAUCAACCUCUUCCUGUGUGUGGCGUUCCUCUGCGUCAGCAAGGAGGCCGACUCGGACCGUGACUCGGUCAACGACUCGGAGGAUACGUCAGGGUACGACAGUACGGCUUCAGAGCCUCUGGGAGGGAGACUCCCCUGCCUGUCACCUGACAGCGUGGCCCUGCCCUCCAAGGAACAGGUGCGGCGUGCUGCUGACGUGUGGUCGGUGUGUCGCUGGAUCUACCUGGCGAGUCCCGUGUUCCAGAGACACUUCUACCGGCUGGGGGGACUAGAUGUCUGUUCCCGCCUCAUGACCAUGCUCAUCCAAAAACUCACCUCUCACACCUCGGAUGGCAAGGCCAAGAAGAAGAGCGAUGGGAAGGACAAGACUCCUGACUCCUCCUCUGCCCCGUCACCAACCUCUAUACCAACCCCAGUUCAGACAGGUACAACCACCCUGGGAGUGGAGGAUCCAGGCCAGCACCCAGCUGAAGCAGUGAGCCCAGGCCAAGGUGGGCAGGGAGAGGGUAAGGGGACCCAGAAGGAUCCUUCCAGGAGGCUGGAGGAAGAGUGGCCUCUACAGAGCAUCAGAAUGCUGGAGGCCCUGCUUGCGAUCUGCCUGCACAGCGCUAACUCAGGCCUGCAGAGGAUCGAACCUGAGCUUUCAUUCCAGCUCCAGUCAGUGGAGGAGACCCUGUUAGAGGUCAGGGAUCAGCUGUCCCACUCUGGGGUCGUGAACUCUGAUCUGGCUGUGCCCCUGUUUGACUUACUGCUCCGUGUGGCCCUGGCCGAGGUCUGCUCCAGUCCCGAACCCCAGGAGGACAAGGCUGAGAGGAAGUUAGCAGUGUGUGUGGAGAGUGUGGUCCCGGCGGGGGAUCUAUCUGAGGCUGAGGAGGGAGACGAGGUGCAGGGUUGUGGUGAGGCUCCAGUGCUGGGGGAGGAGGAGGGAUACGAGGCAGACAGCGAGAGCAACCCAGAGGACAUGGCCAAGCAGGAAGAAGGUGUGAAGGUAGAUUCAGCAGGCGGAGCGGGGGCCGGGCUGGGUGGAACGGUUUCGUUCGGCGCAAAGUCCCCUGGCAGAGGGAGCCGUGGCGUUCUUCUCUUCCCAGAGAUCUGCCUGAUGGAGCUCCAGCUGCUGGCGUCAGGGUCACCUGAUCUGGAGGUGUUGGGGCACGUGUUUCACAGCCUCUCGGGGGCCGUGAGGGCCAACCCCCGCAACGCUGCGCUGCUGUACCAUCAGGGAGCGGUGAAGACCAUUCUGACUGCUUUCCAGAGCAUUCUGUCACAAUCGGAUUCCAGCUAUGAAGACUGCCAGACGGUACUGGUGGAACUGCUGGUUGCCAUGAUGAGCCAACGAAUCACAGCCGAGGAACUGGCCCUGUUGAUCCGCCUCUUCCAGGAGAAGAAUCCGCCCACUGACAUCCUACUGAAAGGCGUCCUCCAGAUCGUCCAGGCCAACGUCGACAUGGAACCUCUCUACUUCCUCUCCUAUCCUAUGAUCCUCGGCGGCGCAUCUUUCCCUGGCGGUACCUCCCCUGGCUCCCGACAAAAUGGGGGGGCGGGGGGGAAGGGGGUCGGGAUGCUGUGGAAGGGGGGGAAGCUGUCCCCGGGACGCAGGGAGGGGGAUGGAAGAGAGGAACCAGGACAUCUCAGGACCUCUCCGUGGCACGUUGCCCCGUUACACCUCCCUCUGGUGGGGCAGAACUGCUGGCCACACAUGGCCUCUGGGUUCUCUGCCUCUGUCUGGAUAAAGGUGGCUGAGAAUGAAGAGGGAGAGGGACAUACAGAGAAGGAGGAGGGGAAGGCUCCAACGUUGGAGCCCAACGUGGGGACCAUCCCGGAUGGGCAGAGGGUGGUGGAGGAGAGCCUGAUGCACGUUCUCUCCAUGGGCUCCAAAGCUAUGAUGCUGCAGGUCUGGGCUGACCUCUCCACGGGGGUAUUCACUUUCAGGAUGUGUAUUGACCCUAAUGAUGAGAUGAAGGCGGGGCUACUGGCCCAGGCAGAGUCUGGGGAGGGGCUAGUCUCACCUGGCAGUUGGCAUCACCUGGGUAUCAGCUACACCCAGCAGCCUGAGGGCAAGAAGAACAUCCACGGACGCCUUGCCCUAUGGGUCAACGGAGUCAGGAAGUGUGAGGUGUCUCUGGACUACACGUUACCCAGGAAGUCCAGCCUGUCUUCAGACAGCAACAAGACCUUCUGUCUGCUGGGACACUGUACGGGACACAGUGAGGACGUGACCAGACCGGGUGGACAGUACGACAUGGGCACUGUGCUGCUCUUUAACGGCUCCCGUAUCGGGUCAGAGGAGGCAUUCUACCUGUAUGCCUCUGGUCCAGACCUCACGUCUAUCAUGCCCUGUAAGUACGGUAAGCCCAGUGGGACCUUCUCCAAGUACGUCACCACGGACGGCUUGAAGUGUGACACUGUCAGAGAGCUAAUGAUGAAGAACAAGGAUGUGGACACAGCAGCUCUCAUAGAGUGUCUGGCAGUAGUGUACGCCCCCAGCAGCCCCAGGGUGUAUACCAUCUAUGAGCCAGUGAUCCGUCUGAAGGGUCAAGCUAAGACCAUGGUGUCUCAGAGACCCUUCAGCUCUAGAGAGGUCCAGUCUGCGGUACUGGAGACACACAUCCUCAGGACCAUGCUGCCUGCAGAACCACAAGGCCUGCAGAACGUCCUCCACAAGAUAGGAGGAACCGGGUCCUUCGUGUUCCUCUUUGCACGGGUGGUGGAGCUAAGUGACAGCGAGCAGACCCAGGCCCUAGCCCUCCAGGUGCUACUCUCUCUGGCCAAGUACAACCAGCACCGUAUCAAUGAGAUGGACUGUUACCACGGUUACUCCAUGAUACACCAGGUCCUCAUCAAGUCCAAGUGCAUCGUGGGAUACCAUAUUCUCAAGACCUUGUUAGAUGGGAGCUGUAGUAGUCCUAUCCUAACUCUAGGGGACGACGGUCAGUUCCACCUGGACACAGAGUCUACAGCCGUGGUCCAGGACAUCAAGCUACUGUCUGAGGUUCUGCUGGACUGGAAGAUCUGGGCCAAGGCGCAGGGUGGUGUCUGGGAGACUCUGCUGGCAGGGUUGGAGAUCCUCAUCAGGGUUCACCACCCCCAGCAGGUGUUCAACAUUAGACAGUUUCUCAAAGCCCAGGUGGUCCACCGCUUCCUGCUCACCUGUCAAGUACUACAGGAGCAUCGGGACGAGCACCUGACCUCCAUCCCACAGGAAGUGUGUCUGUCUUUCGUUAAGAUCAUCCAGGAAGUGUUGGGUUCACCUCCGGACCUAGAUCUCCUCCGAUUGGUCUACAACUUCCUCCUCGCCGUGCACCCGCCCACUAACACCUACGUCUGUCAUACGCCUACAAGCUUCUACUUCUCACUACACAUAGAUGGUAAUCUGUACCAGGAGAAAGUCCAGUCCAUAAUGUAUAUGAGAAAUAUCAACAGUGGAUGGAAGUCAGCUGGUAGCUCAGUGGUCUCUCUCUCCACGGCCGUCUUCACUGAGGACCCUCUUCCUGAAGGUACCAUCCACCUUCAGCCUCCGUCACCUGAACACGGAGGAGACGACCAGUCCCUGUCCCUCCUGCCCGCCAACCUGACCCCCUCGCCCAACUCCUCCCCGUUGCUCAGGCCCUGUCUGGGCCAUGGAGGGGCUGGGAGCCCCAGGGAGGGCCAGGAAGGAGAGGGGGUGACUUUGGGAAGCACAGAGACUCUAAAGAGAGGAGGAGGAGGAGGAGGGGUGGGGGAGGAGCAGCUCCUCUCAAGCUGUGAGUCGGCGAAAACCAUCUGUGACUCCCGAGAGGGAGGAGAGGCACCACAUACCCCGUCCAUCAGUAUCGAGGAGGAGGUUGAUGGGGAGGAGGGGGUGGAGGAGAGGGGGGAGGUGGAUAGUCUGGUUGAGGGCAGUGUGGGCGGUGCUGAAUCUGAGGACCGUUUCGAUUGGGCGAGCGAUGAGGUGCCACAGAGGCCGGACAGUCUGAAGGGGAUCACAUCGUUUCAGAGGAGCUCCUCUAACCUGGCCAGCCUGGGCCUGGCCUUCCCUGCCCAGAAUGGGAACCUAGCCCUGGGUCGCUGGCCCAGCGUGGCCGACCGUGGGACACUACCAGAAGACUGGGAGAGCUACUCAUACUCACCUGGAUACGAGAGGGCCUACAGCAAAGACUCUAGCAACGACAGGUCCAGUACAGAGGACUGCCUGGUGUUAAUAUGCUAUGGUCUAUAUGACCUGUUGAGGGGGGUUCUGCUACUACUACCAGACCUGAUGCUGCACGAGGUGAUGGAUAAGCUGGUCCAACCUGAAGCUCUUAUCGUCCUCGUCAACCACUCCUCUCCCCUUAUACAGCAGGGGGUUAUGAAGCUCCUGGAUGCCUACUUCAGCCGAGCGUUUAAGGAGCAGAAGGAGAAGUUCCUGAAAAACCAUGGCUUCAGUCUCUUAGCCAAUCAGCUGUACCUGCACCAGGGGACUCAGGGCCUGCUGGAGGUCUUCCUGGAGAUGCUGUUUGGACGACCUGUCGGCCUCGAGGAGGAUCUAGACUUGGAGGACAUGGAGACCAUCAGUCCCUUCAGGAAGCGUUGUAUCAUCCCAGUGCUGGGCUUAAUAGAGAACAGUCUGUGUGAGAACAGUCUGGUCCACAACGUGCUCUGUAUGCUACUGCAGCUCGUCAACGCCUGUCCCAAACUGGCUGACAUACUGCUGGACCACGGCCUGCUCUACGUCCUCUUCAACACCCUGUCGACACUCAACGGCAUGGAGCACGGUAUACCUCUGAACGACUACAAACUACUAGUGGUUGAUAUCCAACAGCUCUUGGUCGCGGUGACCAUCCAUUCCUGUUCUUCCUCUGGUGCUCAAUACUUCAGGAUCAUAGAGGACCUAAUCACACUGCUGGGCUUCAUGGAGACGUCCAAGAUGAAACGCACCCAGGAGAUGGCGGUGGCCCUGCAAUUCCGCGUCCUCCAAUCAGCUAUUGAGUUCAUAAAGACGACAGCUAAUCAGGACCCUCAGAAGCUGAGCAGCUCUGUCAACGUGCCCACCUCUUCUCACCAUGCCAUCUACCAGAAACGCAAGAGCAUCGCAGGUCGGCGUCGCUUCUCCCUGGCCCAGUCAGACAGUCUUCUGACCAGGAUGCGUUCUGUGGCCAGUGAUGAGCUGAACCAGAUGAUGCAGAGAAGAAUGAGUCAGGAGAACCCCAUCAGAGCAUCAGAGACUGAGUUCAUACAGAGACUACAGAGACUGGUGGUGCUGGCUGUCAACAGGCUCAUCUAUCAUGGACCAGGCACUGGGGACGGAGGUGUGACCAGGCACUGGGGACGGAGGUGUGACCAGGCACUGGGGACGGAGGGCAGUACGGGCCGUGGUGGGGCCCCCAGGCAGCAGUGGAGGAGGAUCCUGUGGUCAUGUCGGGACACCUUCAGGGUUCAGAUCGGACGUCUCUUGGUGCACACCCUCUCCCCUGCAUUACCCCUCAGGGACAGGAAGGAGGCUCUAGAGUUUGUGUUCGACCCUGCAAACCCUGACUUCCUCAAGGAGAGCCUCAGCCCCGGGUUAGAGCAUGGUCCCAAGCUAGCCAUGUAUCUGUAUGAGAUGCUCCAUGACCAUAAAGAUGCUCUGACCAAAGAGGAGCAGAGUACUCUGGGCAAUUUCAUGACGUCACUGAAGUUGUGGGGCCAUCGCUGCAUCCCGCCCAGCGCGCCGCACAAACCAGACCUACUGAAGGCCAUCAAAGAGGAACAGCUGAAAUACGAGGCGGACGAGAAGAGCAGUAAACUGGCCUGGGAGAAGAAAAUUUCCAACACACAGAAAAGUCUGAUCCAGCGUCUGGACGGCAAGUCCAAGGACAUCUCUAAGAUCGCAGCCGACAUCACCCAGAAUGUGUCUCUGAGACAGGGUAUGGAGAGGAAGAAGGUGAUCCAGCACAUCAGAGGACUCUACAAGAUAGACCUCAGCGCCUCAAGACACUGGCAGGAACUGGUGCAGCAACUCACACACGACCGUGCUGUGUGGUAUGACCAGAAUUCGUACCCGACCUCCUGGCAGCUGGACCCUACAGAGGGACCCAACAGGGAGAGAAGACGGCUGCAGAGGUGUUACCUCACCAUCCCCAACAAGUACCUGCUCAAAGACCGACGCAAGCUAGACGACCCAGCAGCGCGGGCUCCACUGUCCUUCCUGUUUGAGGAUAAGACCCACUCCUCCUUCUCCUCCACGGUGAAAGACAAGGCCACCAGCGAACCAAUCAGAUUCACCAGACGCUGCAUCAGUGUUGCUCCCUCUAGAGAGACCUCUGGGGAGCUGCUGCUGGGGAAGUCUGGGAUGUACUUUGUGGAGGAUAACGCAGCUGACGCCCAUGACAACCAGAGUGUCCACGGGGAGACGGAGGCAGCGUCAUUCUCCUGGACCUAUGAGGAGAUUAAGGAGGUCCAUAAGAGGUGGUGGCAGCUCAGAGACAACGCUGUAGAGAUCUUCCUCACCAACGGACGGACUCUCCUGCUGGCCUUCCACACCACCAAGUUCCGUGAUGACGUGUACCACAACAUCCUGACCUCCGACCUCCCCAACCUCCUGGAGUAUGGUAACACCACGGCGUUAACACACCUGUGGGGCUCGGGGCAGAUCAGUAACUUUGAGUACUUGACGCACCUCAACAAACACUCUGGGCGGAGCUUCAACGACCUGAUGCAGUACCCAGUCUUCCCCUUCAUACUGAAGGACUACAUCUCAGAGACACUGGACCUGGGGGACAGCUCCAUCUACAGGAACCUGAACAAGCCCAUAGCAGUCCAGUCUAAAGAGAAGGAGGAUCGCUAUGUGGACAAUUAUAAGUAUCUCGAGGAGGAGUAUCGUAAGGGAGCGCACGAUGACGACCCCAUGCCUCCUGUCCAGCCGUACCAUUACGGAUCUCACUACUCCAACUCCGGCACUGUACUACACUUCCUGGUUCGCAUGCCUCCAUUCACAAAGAUGUUCCUGGCCUACCAGGACCAGAGCUUUGAUAUCCCUGACCGGACGUUCCACUCUAUGAAUACAACAUGGCGUCUCUCCUCAUUCGAGAGCAUGACUGACGUCAAGGAGCUAAUACCAGAGUUCUUUUACCUCCCGGAGUUCCUGGUCAACAGAGAGGGUUUUGACUUUGGUGUGCGUCAAAACAGUGAGCGUGUGAACCACGUCAACCUGCCACCCUGGGCACGGAACGACCCUCGCCUCUUCAUCCUGAUCCACCGCCAGGCCCUGGAGUCAGACCAGGUCUCUCAGACCCUUUGUCAGUGGAUUGACCUGGUGUUUGGCUUGAAACAGAAAGGAAAGGCAGCUGUACAUGCCAUCAACGUAUUCCACCCUGCUACAUAUUUCGGUAUGGACGUGUCGUCAGUGGAGGACCCGGUGCAGCGGCGUGCUUUGGAGACCAUGAUCAAGACGUACGGACAGACGCCCAGACAGCUGUUCUCUGCAUCCCACAUCAGCAGAGCUGGACCCAGACUCAUUAUGGAGGGAGAGCUUCCCGCUGCCAUGGGCCUCCUGGUGCAGCUGGCCUUCAGAGAGACCAGGGAACAGGUCAAAGAUAUAGUUUACCCGAGUCCCUUGUCCUGGAUCAAGGGCCUGAAGUGGGGUGAGUAUGUGGGCUCCCCCAGCUCUCCAGACCCUGCAGUGUGUUUCAGCCAGCCCCAUGGAGAGAGGUUUGGGUCAAGGUGACACAUUAUAUUCCCGACCAGGAACAAGCACAUUAUAUUAUACUGGAACAAGGAACAAGGUGUGAGGAGCAUGCACAGUACAGAUAUCCAGUGGUCUGCCAUCUUGAGUUGGGGCUAUGCUGACAACAUGCUGAGGCUGAAGAGCAAACAGAGUGAACCGCCCAUCAACUUCAUACAGUGCUCUCCACUCCACCAGGUAACAGCGUGUGCCUGGGUGUCUGAUGGUUGUCAGCUGUUCACCGGCAGUAGGUGUGGAGUCAUCACGGCCUAUAUUAACCGCUUCAAUACUUCAACUCCUACAGAGAUGGAGGUAGAGUCUCGGGUCCACCUGUAUGGCCACAGCUCUGAGGUGACCAGCCUCCAUGUGUGUAAACCAUACAGCAUCCUUAUCUCUGUGUCCAGGGAUGGAACAUGCAUCCUCUGGGACCUCAACAGGUUGUGUUAUGUCCAGAGCCUGACAGGUCACAAGAGCCCGGUGACCGCAGUGUCAGCCAGUGAGACCACAGGGGACAUCGCUACGGUCUGUGACUCAGUGGGCGGGGGCAGUGACCUACGGUUGUGGACUGUGAACGGCGAUCUGAUUGGCCGCCACUGUCGUGAGAUCAUCUGCUCUGUGGCGUUCUCCAAUCAGCCGGAGGGAGUGUCUGUCAACGUCAUUACAGGGGACUGGAGAACGGCCCUGGUGAAGCUGUGGAGCACGUGGGACUUGAAGCCAGUGAGAGAGAUCACCUUCCCCAAGUCGAACAAGCCUAUCAUCAGCCUGACAUAUUCAUGUGACGGUCAUCACCUCUACACAGCUAACAGCGAGGGGACGGUCAUGGCCUGGUGUAGGAGAGACCAGCAGAGGAUGAAACUGCCCAUGUUCUACAGUUUCCUCUCGAGCUACGCUGCCAGCUGACAGACUAGGGCCUUGAACGACUACACUACCCACAAUCCUCCUGAGAGACAUGAUUACAAUACCCAUAGUCCUUUUCCGACGCAUGGCCCCAGACUACCCUGAGAGACCGCAUGAGGGACAGAACUACAAUACCCACAGUCCUCUACUCUUAUGGCAGCCCCCCAGACCUGCUGGCAUGUUGAGUCAGAACUACAAUACCCAUAGUUAUCUUCUGACACAUUGCUCCAGACUACCCUGGGACAAAACUACAAUAACCACAGUUCUCCGGGCGGACAGAACAGCCUGAACCAGUCAGUCCCCUUCUCUGCCCAGAGGCAGACAUGUCAACAUGCUGCAGACGACCAAUCGAAGCCCUCAGAUCAGACCCUAAGACCCACCUCCUGUAAUCUACAGCCAUUUCCGUGCGAGCAGACGAGCGGCUGUUAACAUGAAGCUAAGAUAUGAUUUUAAAGAGAUCUAGAUAUAAAUUUCUUUGCUUUUGGAAUGUUUUGGUUUUGUUGUCAUGGUAAUAAUGUUCCUUCCUUCUGAAAUGUGUUGCUGAUGACUUGAUUGGUUGUUUGGACUGUCCUGGUGAGCUGCUGCUGCUACAUAACAUCUGACCAAUCCCAAGUCAGACCAGAGUGCUGAAGGCCCCGCCUCUGCUAGUGUCUGACCAAUCCAAAGCCAGAGGAGAGGGUUGAAGACCCGUCUCUUCUCGACGGCCAACGCAUGUGUCUCUCUGCAUGAGUCACCUGACUGACGGCUUUUAUUCCUGAGAGACCAGGACAAGCUGCAGUCACACUGCAUAUCUGUCACCUACCUGGUCCUGUGGGGACUGAGAUACCCUUCCUGUCCACUCUGAACUCUAGACUACGUAAACCAGCGAGGGGGAUCUGGGAUGACGUGGAUUGUGUUGCCUGUAAUGUCCUGGUCUGUGCCCUAAAGGCCUCUUCUUGCAUGCUGGAAUUAAGGAGACUGCGAUGGAUGGAUGGAUGGAUCGAUGGAUGGAUGGAUGGAUGGAUGGAUGGAUGGGUGCAGGUGCGUGUGUGGGUGGGUGUGUGAUAGCUUGAAAGCACUAACUACAUUGUGUUCCUGCCUUGUAUCAAUCCUGUUUCCUGCCUUGUAUCAAUCCUGUUUCCUGCCUUGUAUCAAUCCUGUUUCUUGUGUCAUUUUGUUUUCACUCUUUGUUUUUGCAUUGGCUUCCUUAAGGUGUUGUUGUUAUUUCUUAUUAUCAAUGAAAGCUGAGAAUGAUUUGCUGUU